AUGGAUCCGAUAAAGGAUUUCCUGGAGGGAAAGGUCUCGACAGACUUAAAGGAGACCAAGAGGAUGGCAAGGAAAGAAGCUCGGUACAUGCUCCGAAAUGGAACACUAUACCGGUGCGGUUUUUCCCUACCCCUCCUGAAGUGUAUUUUCAAGGAGGAUGGAGAAUAUGUUUCUAGGGAAGUUCAUGAAGGCGUCUGCGGUAACCAUUCAGGGGCUAGGUCUUUGCCAGUAAAAGUCGUUUGUCAAGGAUACUACUGGCCCAUGAUGGAUCGGGAUGCAAAGGAGUUUGUGAAAGGACAGACAAAGUACGCAGUCGUUGCAGUAGACUACUUCACCAAAUGGGCUGAGGCUGAAGCACUCUCGACAAUCACGGAGGCUAGGGUCACAAGCUUUAUCUGGACAAACGUUGUGUGUCGCUUCGGCAUACCUAAUGCCAUUGUGACAGACAAUGGCAAACAAUUCGACAACGCCAAGUUUAAAGACUUUGGUCGCAAGCUCGGAAUUGCUCACCUCUGCUCGUCCCCAUCUCAUCCCAAGGCCAACGGACAAGUAGAGACAAUCAACAAAAUCAUUAAGCGCGGGCUUAAGCUAAGGUUAGACGCAAGGAAAGGACGGUGGGCGGAGGAGCUACCUGAAGUACUCUGGUCCUACCAAACUAUGCCGCGGGAGUCAACUGGCGAAACCCCAUUCGUUAUGGCCUUUAGCUCCGAGGCUGUGGUGCUCGUCGAGAUCGGUAUGCCAACCGAAAGGGUUGAGUACUACGAACGUGUUAGGAACGAGGAGGAAUUACUCUUGUAUCUUGACCUCAUCGAUGAAAAAAGGGAAGCAGCCCAACUGCGCUUGGCCGAGUACCAAAACCAAAUGGCAAGGCACUAUAACUCGAGAGUUCGAUCUCGGAGUUUCCAGAUCGGAUAUCUAGUCCUUCGCAAGGUACAGAAGCACGUCGAGGUGUUGGAACCGAGUUGGGAGGGGCCAUUCGAAGUCAAAGGCAUUGUCCGACCUGGAACAUAUAUGCUUGCCGACCUCGAAGGAAAGUUACUAUCGCAUCCAUAG